CUUAACUGAUAAUAAUAGAUUGUAUCGAGUGUUUACAGCCAAUUCUAGAUAAGUCGGAAAAAAUAGAAAAAUGACUUUUAUAUAGGUAUCAUCAAACAGUUUUUAGUGCUCUUUCUGUUAAUAUACUCUGUUUUGUGAAAUUUCAUAAGUAUUGUUAACUGGUAUUCCGAAAAAUCGAUAUAUUCAUAAUGACCUGCAAAAGUCAUAUUUUUUUCACUACAAUGUUUAUAAUCAUUCACAUUUCCAGUGAAUUUGGAAACUACAAUCCAAAGAGACACCCUAGAGUAUUUGGCAACGGCAUAACCAUGAGAUUACUUGAUACCCGGAAUAAAAAAUUGCAGCAGAACAUAGUGUUAUUUCAUAAUUAUUUUAGAUCUAAAGUAAAACCGCAAGCUGCCAAUAUGUUAAGAAUGAAAUGGCACAAAGGUGCUGCAAGAGCUGCUCAAAGAUGGGCAUCCGCAUGUACAUUUUUGACUCAUGAUAAUGUUACUGGAAGACAUAUUGAAAAUUAUGGAGCGUGCGGUCAAAAUAUAUUCGUAUCUACACAUAAAGUUUUAUGGUUUUUUGCUAUACAAACAUGGUGGCUCGAGAAAGACUUAUUUACUUUUGGUAGACCUAAUCCAAAUCUAAUGACUAUAGGUCACUAUACACAAAUGGUAUGGGCUUCUACACAUGAAGUAGGUUGCGGUGUGGCAGAAUGUACUAGUCAUGGAAACUAUAAUCAAUUCGGAAGAAAAGUAUUUUACAACUACGUGUGUAAUUACUGUCCAAUAGGUAAUCGGCCUGGUCGACUCGCAAGGCCCUACAAAAGAGGCAAACCUUGCAACCUAUGCAAAAGACACUGUGGGAGAAACAAACUUUGUCUGAACCCUUGUAAAGCAGCCGAUCAAUUUACAAAUUGCAGGGACCUUUUCAGAAGAUUUCCAGCGUGGCUAUGUAACAGUCAUCAAACGGAAGAAGGAAGAAAUAGAAGAAAAAAUUGUUUGGCAACUUGUACUUGUAAACACAAAAUACAUGAUUAAUUUCUCUAGUUUUAGUAGAGAUGAAAUAAUAAAGA